AUGCGGGCACGGCCGUUGGCGUCCAGGAGAAGGGGAGGGAGGUCGUCGCACUGGAAGGCGCUGUCGUCGUGUUGGAUGAUGGUCGCGUCUGAGGACGCACCACCGGGACUCGCGUCUUGUCCGUUGGAGCCGGCCGAUGGCCAUGACGGGGCUGCGUGCCAGAGGAUAGCGACGGGGCCGAGGGUCGCCGUGCGCUCCGGAAUGGAGGCCGUCGUUUCAUCGAGGCCGCUGCUGCCUCAGGUUGUCGGGGUGUCUCGCAUGGAUCGGAGCCUCGCCACGCCGGACGUCAUUUUUGCAAGGGGCUUCUCGCCGGCGAUGGGCGAGGAGGCGAUGGGCCGGCGACUGCCCGGCGCGCCGCGCCCCCCCUUGCCGAGAAAAUGGCGACCGAAGGUGCCGGUUGCGUCGUGCCGUUCCCAGGCGCGUCCUGCGCCUGCUGGGGCGGCGUGGGGGCUUCUCGCCGGCGAUGGGCGAGUAGGCGAUGGGCCGGCGACUGCCCGGCGCGCCGGGCCGCCCCUUACCGAAGUACCUCCACGAUGGUUCUCGGACGGCACCGACGCCGGGUAUGAUAGGAGCAGCACCGACUCCGCGGCGUUCACCGACUACAUGGCGUCCUUCCAGGCCGCAGGCGCGCGUAGCGUCGGGGAGCUUGUGGACGCGCUCGCCGCGCGCGGUCGCCCCGUGACCCGCGUCGUGUACACAAUGCUCCUCCCGUGGGCCGCGGACGUGGCUCGCGAGAAAUGUCUGCCGUCCGCGCUCUACUGGAUCCAGCCGGCCGCCGUGCUCGCCGUCUACUACCACUACUUCCAUGGCUACGCCGCCGUCGUGGCCGACCACCGCAACGACCCGUCGUUCGUCGUGCGGUUCCCGGUCCUCCCGCAGCAGGAGAAAAUAGCGACCGAAGUGUUCCCAGGCGCGCCCUGCGCGUGCUGGGGCGGCGUGGGAGCAGGAAAGGCCACCGCGACGGCAGCGGUGUUCCUUGGCAGUGCAGUGCCACCCAUAGGCACUCCCUGCGGCGGCGCGAACGCCCGGCGGUCUCGUUACCUGCACACGCGGCCUCCUCCAUCCCAGUCCGUGUCCAACACGUCUCGAUUUGGAUGGACAGUCCGUGUCCUUGUUCAACUCAAAUCAAGAUUGCUGUUGGCUGUUAUAAGAAGGGAGGGUCCUUGGCCUGAAUCUCCGUCAGCUCCUAUUUUGGACGAAGCAUCCCAUGUCGCCAACAAGUUCGCCGCAGGAAGAAGCGUCGAGUUCGUCGGAGAAAGAAGUGCCGACUUCGCCGGAGGUAGAAGAUCAUCCGCCGAGCACUCCAAUGUCGCCUGCUACGGCUACACCAGAGUAUACACUAGCACUCGAGGGAAAGCUUUUAAGGAUUACAUAGCAAGCAUACAUGUUACCAACCUAUAUAUUACUCAUAGACUCACAAUAAUAUGCUUCUUGUAUGAAGUUGUGGAUAAAAAGCAUGCUGAAACAAACCUGAAAGCUAACCUUUUUCAUAGGACCUAUUUUCUGCGGCGGCGACCACCAGAUCCGUUGGGCGUGAAAGAAUUCAUUAGAGAGGUGUGA